CAAUCAGAAAACUCAUAGUACCGCGGACAUUUCAAAACACAAAUGGCGGAGGUUGGAGCUGCGCUGCAACGCUGUGACCCGGUUCUCCUGGACCCCUGUGGAGACCCGGAGCCGGACUGUGCCGAAGCAGCCCGGAUGGUUCUCAACCUCACGGAAAGUCGUAGAGUCCAGAAAGUUUUGUGGCGUCAGGUGUUUGUUCUGGACUCAAUGAUGUCGCUCCUGGAAGGUCUCGAAUCUGCCCAGCAACUGAUGACGCAGUCUUGCCCUCCCCAGCCUGAGGGCGGAGCUCACGGCAGGUGGAAGGCUCUGAAGGCAGACAGCAGGUCGGGGUUGGAGGAGACGGAGACGAUGCUCAGAUCUCUGCAGGACCGAGUCCAGCAAAUACACAACAGAAGAAACACACUCACACAGCUGGUUCAACAGCUGCACAGCAAGAAGCGGCAGUGUGCACAGCUGGAGGAGUCUCUGCAGAAGGCCCAGGAUGCUUUGCAGUCAUGUGAUCGUCAGCUGAGCCAGCUGAGGGCGGAGUCAGAGGCAGCACUCGGUCAACUGAUUGACUGGCAGCGACUCAGAGACGAGCUGCAGACCCACCUGUACGCCGUCCAGGACGUCAUGCAGAUCAACGUGCUGACCUUCAGCCAAUCAGAGCUGUGUGUGGAGCUCAGGCCAUGGCCCGCCUCCACCCUGUCAUCCAGUGAGCUGGAGCCGCUGAAGCUGUCAGUCACCUGGAGCCAUGACGACCGCUUCAGACUGCAGGUUAGUGACGGGACGGUCGGUCUGGUGGACGACUGGAUGUCGGGCCGGCGGGUGGAGCUGAGCGCCGCCCUGCUGGGGGUGGUGCAGUGUUACGUGGGGCAGGUGGAGCUGCUGUCGGAGAUCCAGGCGCUGAGAUCCAGUUUCGCCAUCGACUGGCGUCCUGCUCAGCGCCUCCUGAUCUACCUGAAGACGGCGUCACUGGUGUGUCACCUGGAGGUGGAGGAGGGGUACCCAACCAGCGGGAAAGCUCGACUCCUGUCAGUGCGACAAGACGGACAACCUCUGGACACAUCUGGACUGAAGCCUCCUAAAACUGACCUCAGUCUCACCAACUGGUUGGUGUUUCUCUGCAGCAGUUCACUCAUCUGAUGGACGUUUUAUUCUUCUCAUUUCUUUUCUUUCUCUGUUUCUCUUCUUUUGCUCUUCGUCCACUAGAUGUCGCUCUCUCACCUUCAUCCACAUUCAGCUCCUUCUGUCUGUGUUUUUUUUGGCAUCAAAGUGUAAAUAAACUUUUUACACCGA